GAAUUUAACAUUGAUUUGCGUGUAAUGGGCAUACUUGGCUCAAAGUCAAUGCUCCUCAGUGAUGUGGGUAUUGACUUAGCAAGGUGGAAAGAACUUCGAGAGGAAAGAGGAGAAGUGGCUGAUUUGGAAAAAUUUGUUCAACACAUGCAUGGAAAUCAUUUUAUACCAAACAUGGCAUUAGUGGACUGCACAGCUGAUUCUGCCAUUGUUGGCUAUUACUAUGAUUGGUUGCACAAAGGAAUACAUGUAGUUACCCCCAAUAAGAAAGCAAAUUCAGGACUACUUGAUCAGUACAAGGUAAUUUGGAGAUUCCUAUCUUUUCUUCAGCGUGUUCAUGCAGCACGUCCUAGUAACUCCAACUCACUCACUUUUCUCGUAACAGUUCUCCUGUUAUUCAUGAUUCUGAACUCUCACCAGAUGUCACCAAAUUUUCUGCUCUGGCUUGUGCUUGGUGUUUUCUUUAUGGCUACAAUGCUAAGGAUGUAUGCAACAUGUCAACAGCUUCAAGCACAGGCCCAAGCUCAUGCAGCAGCAGCCAGUGGCCUUCUUGGCCACAUAGAACUACGGUUGCAUAUGCCGCCAUCAAUAGCACUUGCAAGCCGAGGGCGUUUGCAGGGUCCUAGACUUCAACUGGCACUUCUUGUGAGAGUUUGAUG